CUGGCAACUACUCAUGUGGGAAACCAACUAAGGAAUACCCUUUCAAAAUGGCUUCUUCUGUGUCAUCCAUGGUUUCUACCACCCUCCUCCUAAUUACCAUCUGCACACUGUCCUCACUUCUGUCAGUUGCAUCUGCAGCAACAGAGGAGGGACGAACAAGGCCAUUCAAAAGGGUCUAUGCCUUUGGAGACUCUUUCACAGACACUGGCAACACCCAAAAUGCAGAAGGUCCAAGUGGCUUUGGCCAUGUUUCAAACUCUCCCUAUGGAACCACUUUCUUUAACCACUCCACCAAUAGGUACUCAGAUGGUAGGCUUGUGAUUGAUUUUGUGGCUGAAGCACUUUCACUGCCUUACUUGCCCCCCUACCGUCAUAGCAAAGGCAAUGACACUUUUGGUGUUAACUUUGCUGUUGCUGGUUCCACAGCCAUAAACCAUUUGUUCUUUGUCAAGCACAACCUCUCCCUUGACAUCACUCCUCAGUCCAUCCAAACCCAGAUGAUAUGGUUCAACAGGUACCUGGAGAGCCAGGACUGCCAAGAGUCAAAGUGCAAUGAUUUUGAUGACACUCUAUUUUGGUUUGGGGAGAUUGGAGUCAAUGACUAUGCCUACACUCUUGGAUCUACCGUCUCAGAUGAAACCAUAAGGAAGCUUGCAAUCAGCAGUGUCUCAGGAGCUUUACAGACAUUGCUUGAGAAGGGUGCCAAGUACCUAGUAGUGCAGGGUUUGCCUCUAACUGGGUGCUUGACAUUGUCCAUGUACCUGGCUCCACCAGAUGAUAGGGAUGACAUUGGAUGUGUGAAAAGUGUCAACAACCAAAGCUACUACCACAACCUUGUGCUGCAAGACAAAUUACAAGAAUUCAGGAAACAGUACCCUCAAGCUGUCAUACUUUAUGCUGAUUACUAUGAUGCCUACCGCACUGUCAUGAAGAAUCCAAGCAAAUUCGGAUUCAAAGAGACCUUCAACGUUUGCUGUGGAUCAGGAGAACCACCUUACAACUUCACUGUGUUUGCCACAUGUGGCACACCUAAUGCCACUGUGUGCUCAAGCCCUUCUCAGUACAUCAAUUGGGAUGGUGUUCACCUCACUGAGGCCAUGUAUAAAGUUAUUUCUAGUAUGUUUUUGCAAGGAAAUUUCACCCAACCUCCGUUUAAUUUUUUGUUGGGAAAAAAGGAGAGGGUGGGGUGAAUGGUUCACCCAAGAAUAAUACUAAUAUUUGGGAUUUGCUUGUCCUUAUGACUUUAAUGCAUCUGCUAAUGUAACUAUAAGUGAGGGAAUCAGGUUUUACCUGUUUUGCUAGAACUUGUGUCCUCUGCACAUCAUGUAUGAUGAGUUCAAAGGAAUAUGUUGUAUUUGUAUUUGUAUUAGUAUCUGCCAAGGCUGUCUUAAACUCGGUA